AUGUCUUUAAAGAUUCUUCAGUUAGAGCUGCUUAGACUAUCCCCAGAGAACACUCUCCAGCAGAACUACUGCACAAAAGGCAAGACAAAGGAUGUUCUGUGGAAAGACAUCCAGGUGCUUUCAAAUGGAAGGAAAUACAGCGCAGCAUACGCCUGUGCUUCUGCGCUUAAAACCAUUGCAGAAAAGGAAAACAAGCAAGAACUGCUUAGAAGAUGUCUUUUAGUGCUUGCUAGGCUUUCAGUUCUUCUAUCUUAUGCCACUGCAGAGUCUUUUUAUAAAGCACUAAUUAAAGAAGUGUACACUGAUGUAUUUGUAUACAAAGGAAUAUACAGCUACUCUCUUGAUGUCUUUAAGCAAUGCGAGAACAAUGUAUCUGCCUUUCAUUUUGUGUUCAAGGAAUAUCUAGCAAACAUUAGAAAGUCAAAGAACAAAGAUAGAGAGGAGAUUCUAUUCUAUACUCUUAUUCAACUGCACCUUGCAGGAGAGAACCCAUGGGCAUCGCACGAGAUAGACCUUGAUCUUUCAUCGCUUCCAGUGCACAUACGGGAUAGAUAUAUAGAAUAUACUUCAGAUGAGCCACUUUUCCCGUCUUUUGUGCAGGAAAGAGAUCUUCUAGAGUGCCACUCUGCGAACCUGCAUAACUCAAAGCAAUUUAGAAAUGCGCUCUCUGUGUAUAGAAAAACCCCUAACUGUAAUGAAUAA